CGAGGGAGUCGGGCUGCAGCACGCGAGGCCGGGCGGCGCCGGCGGAGGUGUGGGGAGCGCCCGGGCAGCCUCUCAGGUGGGCCCGGCCUUCGCCUCGGACUCGGCGUGGCCGCGAGGGCGCCCGCACCUGCCCGUCGCGCGGGAGGGAGCCGAGGGUGUGUGACCGCGGCGUCUCCCUGUGUCUCCUUGGCUAAACCCCGCCGUAGUCCACGGAAUUGCCAACUUGUGAACAAACGAGUUCGAAUUUCGUUUUUUAAAAAGCAGUGACAAAAAUAUGUCAAGUUUAGGGUCACUUGGUGUGACUGAAGCUCCUGGAGAUUGUAGCUCCAUGAGAGCAGACGGGGACCUUCUCUGUCAGGCGCGUGCGGCCAACGUGGUGCCUAAUGCUGAGUCAGCAGAUGCUCACUCAUUGACAGCAGAGGAGAGGAACCAAGUUAUACUUGACCUUAAAGCAGCAGGAUGGUCGGAAUUAAGUGAGAGAGAUGCUAUCUACAAAGAGUUCAUCUUCAAAAAUUUUAAUCAGGAGAUACUUUCCAGUGUCUACCUACCUAUUGGAUCACUUUUCUGCUUACGAGGGUUUGACUGUACUUUCCUGAGAAAGAGACUACUCACCGGCUAAAGCAAACAAAGCUGUUCUUGUUUAGGAGUAACCCAGGGGAUCUGAAAGCAAACUGCCGACUUCCCAUCUUUCUUCCAACUGGCUUGUUUUUCUCAGCCAUACCACCAAUCUCUCAGGCACUCAGAUCUGACACCGAAGAACUACCUUGCUGAUCAGUCACCAAGGCCUGAACCUGAGAGGUCACCUUCUGAGAAGUGGGGAAACUGAGGCUUAAACAAGGGAAGCACAAAACAGCGGCCAUUCCAGAACCACAGCCACGACCCUCAGCAGCUCAGCUCAUUUAUUUCCUACAUUAAGGCAUUUGGCUUUAUGUCCCGAGUUGCCCUACAAGCAGAGAAGAUGAAUCAUCACCCAGAAUGGUUCAAUGUGUACAACAAGGUCCAGAUAACUCUUACUUCACAUGACUGUGGUGGACUGACUAAAAGAGAUGUGCAACUGGCGAAUUUUAUUGAAAAGGCAGCUGCUUCUGUGUGAUUUCUUCCAAAAUGCAUGUAAUAUCUUCAGUACAUCUUAGCUGGAAUGCAUUGUGAAGGCAAUUUACAAGUACAAAUUUUGUUGUUAAUUUCACCUUUAUAGAUUACAUUUUAUAAAAUCAGUGCUUAAAUACAAAGUGAUUUAAACUUGA